AUGCGUCUUCUCACUACGCUGAUUACGGCCGCCCUUGGGGUGAGCACCGCGCUUGGUGCGGAAAACUACAUCGUGUCCGGUGAUCGAUGGCACGACACAUCGGGCAACUACAUCAAUGCACACGGUGCCGGCCUGAUCCACGACUCGGACGGCAAGUGGUACUGGGUAGGCGAAUUUAAGAACUCGGGCAACGGAUUCCAGGGCUUCUCGCUCUACUCUUCCACCGACCUUGUGAAUUGGGAUUCUCACGGGCUCGUGGUUCCACCUUCUUCGUCGUUGCCUUUCCAAGUGGGUGAGCGACCUAAACUCAUCAAGAACCCAACGACGGGCGAGUAUGUACUCUGGUUCCAUGCAGACAGCUCCAACUAUUCCCUCGCCAAGGUAGGUGUUUGCUAUGCAAGCGCCGUCACUGGUCCCUACACCUGUCCGGAGGAGGGGGUUUUUAGUCCCCUCGGUAUGGAAAGUCGAGACAUGAACGUCUACGUCGAUCCGGUGAACAACCAGGGGUAUUUGCUUUUCGCCACGAAUGGAAAUGCCGAUACCGCGGUGGCCAAGAUGACGGCGGACUAUAAGAACGUCACCGCACUUACGCAGACCAUCCACUCGAGACUCGAAGGCUUCGGCGUAUUCAAAGACGACGCGGGACUCUACAAUAUGGUUGUAUCGAACCAAAGCGGUUGGCAACCCAAUGCCAACUCACUCUACACUACCACCGAUCUGGGCAAGGUCAACCUGACCUAUUCGAACUACAUUGCGCCACAGGGAGUGGUUACGUACAACUCGCAGAAUACGUUCGAAAUCCAACCCAACGAUAAUCUCGAUGUGUAUCUGGGAGAUAGAUGGUGGGAGACGGACUUGGAGCAGAGUUCGUAUGUCUGGUACCCCAUUGUUUCGCGCAGCCUCGUGCAUCUUCCCCUGUGGAAACCCGAUUCUUCAGCCCAGGGUUAUGCAGUCCCUGCAAAUAAGACGUACCCCCUCAGCCCCGAUACGACCACAAAGUCCGGAUCCCAGGCAGCGUUUGGCGAUUGCGCAGCUUGCCCCUCGGGAAAAAUCGCCACCUACGUCGGAAACGGCAAUACUUUUACCGUCAAGGAUGUCGCUACGCCUAGUGGGAAUGCCGGUGACGUGUGGGUAAGCGUCUACUACACCAACCAAAACUCGUAUCCGGGUUGGAGAUUCGGCUCGGUCACUGUGGAUGGUAAGACGACCAAUAUCACCUACCCCACCGGAGGUAAUCCAGCAAACACUCUUCAGGACACCCCCGUCAAGUUGUCCCUCAAGGCCGGAAACAAUGCCGUCACUUUCGGCGCACCUGCAAACGAUCCCACCCAGUACGCAGCCGAUAUCAGCCACAUCAUCGUAUGGCAAAGCGACGCCUGA